AUGGGUCUCGCGAGGAACGCAGAGUCUGGCGGCGACAGCGUCCACCAACCGGUGGCGUCUUGGCUUAAACGCGUCGUGUACGGCACCAAGAUCUCGUCGCUGCAGCAAUGGUACUUUCAGAAGGCCGGCUUCGAGGCGUGCAUGUCGUACUUCUAUCCUCCCACCAUGCGGCCAGACCUCAUCAAGCAGUAUGACUGCAGAAAGGCCUUGCCUAUACGCAUCUUCUUCCCUUCCGACUACGACCAGACCUCGCCGCAGACGCUCCCGACGCUCUUCACGAUCCACGGCGGCGGCUUCUGCAUCGGCGUCCCCGACGACGACGACACGUGGAACCGCACGUUUGCCGACCUCAACGGCGUCCUCGUCAUCGCGCUGCACUACUGGAAGGCUCCCUGGACGCCGUGGCCGCACGCGCUGCACGACCUCGAGGCGCUCUUCCUCGCCGCCGUCGCCGACGAGUCCCUGCCGAUCGACAGGGCGCGCGUGGCCCUCGGCGGCUUCAGCGCUGGCGGCAACCUCGCGCUGUGCCUGUCGCAGAUGCCGUCCGUCCGGGGCCACGCGACGGCGGCGCCCAAGGCCGUGGUGCCCGUCUACCCGCCGACCGACUUCGCGACGCCGUCGGCGUCCAAGCGGGACCGCCGGCCGUACAAGGUCGGCAAGCUGCCGGGGAUCCGCGGGUCCCGGCGGGACUUUGUGCUCGAGUUCGCCGACGUCUUCGACUGGAGCUACAUACCCUACGGGACGGACCUGCGGAACCCGCUGGUGUCGCCGCUGUACGCGGCGCGCGAGGACCUGCCGGCCAACGUGUGCGUCGUGGCGGCGGAGCUCGACUACCUCGCCUACGAGGCGUGGGAGCUGGCGUGCAAGCUGGGCGGGCGGCCGCGGCCCCCCGUCGGCGGCGCCGUGGGACGGCCCGAGCCGGCGGCGGGGGCGGGGCGGGCGGCGCCGGAGCUCGAGCUGGCGGACGAGAGGUUCGCGUGGGAGGCGGCGGACGAGCGGGGCAGCGUCAAGUGGCUGCUCGUGCCGGACGUGGUCCACGCCUUCGACAUGCACGAGAUGGGCGCCGCGCAGAUGGACGCGGCGAGCGCGAGGGACGGCAACGCAAAGGCCGUCAAGGUGAUGGGGGCCGUGGGGGAGUGGCUGAGGAGGACGGCGUGGAAAUGA